AUGGCCUACUUCUCCUUCGCUCGCAGCAUCGUCGCCGGUGAGCCCAUCACGCUGUUCCGCACCUUUGACGGCGCCGACACGCGCCGCGACUUCACUUACAUUGACGACGUUGUCAGGGGUUGCCUCGGCGCGCUCGACACGGCCGGCAGGAGCACGAGCUCCAAGUCCGGCAAGAAACGGGGCCCCACGCCGCUCCGCGUGUACAACCUCGGUGACACCUCGCCGGUGCCCGUCACCCGCAUGGUCACCAUCCUCGAGAUGCUCCUCGGCAAGAAGGCACACAAGCGCGUCGUCACGAUGCCGACCAACAGCGACGUGCCGUUCACGCACGCCAAUGUCAGCCACAUCGCACGUGACUUCGGCUACCACCCCGCCACCUCGCUCGAGGUCGGUCUCCGCCACUUCGUCGACUGGUUCGUGCGGUACUACAAGGAUACCGCUUGGUACGGGAGUUGGCUCCUAGGCUUGCCUAGUCCUGGGCUACAGGAGAUGGCUUCCAUGCGUGCCCUAUGA